AUGAAGCUUUCUGCCACCCUAAUUCUUGCCUCAAUGGCCGUUGGUACCCAGGCCUUUGUGCAGCCAUCGUCCAGCUUCUCUACCACUUCUGCCCUUCGCAUGUCCGAAGAGCCAGGUGCUCCCGCUGAAGAAGAGAUCGCUGCUGCCGUCGUGGAAGAAACCCCAGCCGCUUCUUCUUUCGCCACUGAACCCCUGCUUCCUACCAUGUCCAAGGCCAUUCCAUACUUGCAGCGUCCCGCUGCCUUGGAUGGAUCUUUGGCCGGUGAUGUCGGCUUUGAUCCCAUUGGAUUUUCCAAGACCAAGGCGGACUUGAUGAACUACCGUGAAGCCGAGAUCAAGCAUGCUCGUUUGGCCAUGUUGGCUGCCGCUGGAUGGCCACUAUCGGAACUCUUCGAUGCCAAGAUCGCUUCCACCUUGGGAUUGAGCCCUGUCGUCGAUGCCACUGACCGUGCUCCUUCGAUCCUCAACGGAGGAUUGGGCAAGAUUUCUCCCAUCUACUGGUUGGUUUGCAUCAUCGGUGCCGGUGCCAUCGAUCUUGCAGGAAUUGCUGCCAAGAACAAGUCCAAGGGAGAUUGGCUUCCAGGUGACUAUGGAUUUGAUCCUCUUGGCUUGUAUCCUAAGGAUGCCGCUGGUCAAGAACGAAUGCAAUUGACCGAAAUCAAGAAUGGCCGAUUGGCAAUGAUUGCUAUUACUGCCUUUGCCGUUCAAGAGGCUGUCUCUCACGUCGGUGUUGUCGACGAGACUCCUUUCUUCUUCCAGCCACCAUUCUAA